AUGCGAGAUUUUGAGCGUGUGUGUGUAUGUGUGUGUUUGUGUGAUAGAGGUCACCACGACCUACCGGCGUGCUGGAGGCGUGUAACGCCGUCUAUUCGGCGGGUCUUGAGUGAGUCAGCCCAUUUGGCGAGUCGUUCGCCUCUUAUCGCCGGCUCAACCACCGCCCCUUGCCUCUCGGUCUCGUCCCGCUCCGUCGCCCAUUUUGCGCCCGGAGUGGGUCUGCUCCCUUUUGAGCCAGUUGCUUUUUCUUCUUCAUCAUUCUCUCACAAGCCUCGCCAACACCGGCCAGCCACCUUUCGACGCACAAGUCAGCCCCACUGGCCCAGCUCCUCGUGCCAAGCCUACCGAGGCCACUUGCCUCGGCGUAAUCGGCCUCCUUAUAGUGUGGAUACUAACAUACAAAAACAAACAAAACAAACUAAACAAACAAGCAAAUUGAGAGAGACAGGCCUGGCUUGCCUUGCCCCGAAUGUCAUGCCCCGUGGUGGGGGUUCAAGGCUCGAAUCCGGGCGGCCAGACUGGCAUUCAGUCCAAUGCGAGAAUCUUCUGGCGCCCUCUGCAGAUCCGGUUGUUAUAAGGUUUUGCACUCAUGUUGUAGUUAACAUGUGGAGUGACUUGUCGACCCGUACACAAGAGGCUAUCGGAACACAGAACCGCCUGCAAAGGCUUAUAAAUUCAGAAAUCGCAACUGGCUGA